CCGGAAAGCACGAAGUAGAUGUGUACAAGUAAAUACAGUGUUACCAAUAUAAAAUUAAUCUUAUAAAACCGAGGAGUCAGAUAUAUUUUGCAUAGCUGAAGGAAAUCCCCACUGUAGUGACUAUUGUACGACUUGAGACAUCAAUACCAGUCAAAAUGCCCGGAGAACAGUUGACCAGUGUUUGGCAAGCUAUACAUAAUCAAGACGGACCCGACAGUGUAACCAUAAAUAAGGAAAUAUUGAAAUGGUUUCUGGCAAAAGCGUCUUCUAGAUAUGAAUCAAUUCAAUUUUCUGAACGCAAACUUUUCGACACGUUUUCAGAGCCGACUAUAGAAUUUAGUGAUUUCAAAGCGUAUGUAAAGAAAAAUAUACGGGAACCUGGAGUUGCUUUUUCAAAAUCUUGCAGUGAUUUGGAGGAUUUGAGUUGGAGCAUCCUUAAAUCUGGAAUAAAAAGUAAGCUGGAAACAGGAGAUGUUUACAAACUAUGGUGCAUAACAAAUCGUCUGAUGGAUGAAGAUACAUACCCACCAGUGAUCUUCCGCGAGGACGCAAGUUGGCUUCUAGAUAAAAUUCUGGCCAAUCUAGGACAUAAUCUCAAAUCUUCGGAUGAUGUCUUCUCAAAAGACAAAUUUACUUUUCAAGAAAUGUUAUCAAUUAUGGAGGAUUUUGCCUUUUCCAAUACAUCACAGCAACAAAUAAACACAUGCAUUGACGGUCUCUACAUGUGGUUGGUUGUAGAGGUAAUGAGAAAAGGCAAGGUGUACAAACGUACUAAGAAGCAGGCAAAUUGGACAAACUGGGUGAAACGUUGGUGUGUUUUGACACCUCAGUGUCUUCGAUACUAUAGUAGUGACAAUGACUCCAAUCAAAAAGGCGAAUUCACAUUCAUUAAACAUACCAAAAUAGAAAGCCUUGAAAUGUACAGUGGUUUUAUGAAAAAUCUUAAAGGCAGAUUUAGGCUGGCGAAUGUCCCAAUGCUAGAAAUGGAAAUAGCUGUCGAUGACGAAACUGUGAAAAGGGCCUGGUUAUCUGACCUAGAGGAAAUAGUUCAGUGCGUUAGAGAUAAAACAACGCCUGUUCAAAAACUCCUUAAGGAACGGCAUUUAAAAAAUAUGGAAAAAAGGAAUAAGAAAAAUGGAACAACUAAACAAGAAGAGGAUAUCGAUUCAGCUCUAAAUAAAACAAAGCUUCGAGCCGAUGCACAGACUAAAAAGCAUGUUUUCAACACCUCUAUUGAAAUAGUGGAACCAGAAAAGGAAACACAACAAAAGAGUCCUUCCUUGGAAAAAGAAAGUACAGAGAAGAUAAAGGCAAUGUUUAUGAAGAUUGACACGAAUGGAAACGGCCAGUUGGAUAAAAACGAAUUUGCAGACUUCCUUCAAGGGCUUGGCUUAAACAUGUCAGAAAAAGAAAGUAAUCUAGUUUUUAAUUCUGUAGAUACAAAUAAAAGUGAACAGAUUUGCUUCGAGGAAUUCCAAAUCUACUUUUGUAAUCACGUCAUGAAUGAAACCGAAACUGCAGAAUGCGUCAAUGUAAUGCGAAAAGCAUUUUUGGAGGCUGAUCGUGAUGGAUCAGGAACAUUAAACUUCCGGGAAUUCACGGAAUAUGUUUGGGAAAAGAACAGAAACGCAAAUAUGUCAAAAAUUUUGAAGUCUUUCUCGAAUGUUAGUACCGAUGAAAUUUCGUUUGAAGAUUUUGAAAAAUUGGUAGCAGGCAGUGGAGCAGAGGUUUUUGCGCCAAUAUUAGAAGAAGAGAUAGAACAAGGCACUGAUUCCUCUCUAGAUGAUUUCCAAGGCCGCCUUCAGAAGGUGUAUGACGACACAGAAGCAAAUGAACUUACUACCUAUAUAAGACAGCGAUGGAAUAAGUUUGCUUCAUUCCGAAGGGCUGGAAAAACAGGUUCUGUUGUUAUGACUGGUGGACACGGAAUGGUAGCGGAUAUUGUUCCAGGGCAGUAUAGCUUGAUUGACCUUGCUUGUUUCAGUGACCUGCCUCCAUUGGUACCAAAGCAUAAGGUAGUAAAGGACGCACAAUGGUUAUCAAGUACAAUAUCUGGAAAAUCUGGAAAGAUCAUAUUCCCACUAGAAUUUGACAAACACAUACCAACCGAACAGGCCACAUCAGAACUUUUGCGGUAUUAUGGUUGCAGUUUUGCUGAUAGUCAACAAGAACAAAUAUCUUUGCUCUUCCGUCACGGAAUCCAGGAUUUCACUUAUGAAAACGGAUACUUGGAAAAGUACGUAACGGCUACAAAUGGUGGGGCAGGAAUUGAAAAACAUGAUUUUUCACAUUUAGAUUGUCCUUUGUCAGAAGAUUCGGGAUUUUUCAUUCUUGCAAAAUUCGUGGACAAUGGCGACUUCCACAUAACAGCCUUCCGACUUCCUGUACGUCAUACACUCUAUUGCCCCGGAGGAGUAAUUCAUUGUAAUGACUACCUCAAAGGAACAUGGAGGACCAUGCUGUCAGAUGAAACAGACAUUGAUCACGUGCAUCUCACACACAUCAUAGAAGAAGGACACGAAGAAAAGUUUAGAUUCGAGUUUACCUAACGAAAUGUUGCGUUCUAAUUACUUUUGUUUUAAAUUGUUUACAAUCAGAUUAUCAAACUUGUUUUAUUGAAGAGGAUGAAGGCUGCCUUGUGUAAUUUUCCAAUUUUGUUAUUUAAAUUUUAGAAGUACAUGCUAUCACAAAUGCUUUUCUUUUCAAAUUGUACAAAUAUAUCUCUAUAGAAUCAUCCAAUUAAAAAUGGUCGCAUUUUAGUCUGAUAUGAUUGCUGUAAAUAUUUUUUACAACGCUGAAAAUUGAUAUGAUAUAUAGUUUGAAGUCCACUAGAUAACGAGCCUAAACUGGGUCAAAGUCAACUGAUACUUCUAGAUGCGUUAACUUUAACUUAAAAAAAUUAAAUAACAAA